AUCUUUGAGCUCGCGCAGUAGACACCAUGAGCAAAGCUCACCCUCCCGAGUUGAAAAAAUUUAUGGACAAGAAAUUGUCAUUGAAAUUAAAUGGUGGCAGACAUGUCCAAGGAAUAUUACGGGGGUUCGAUCCGUUUAUGAAUCUUGUGAUAGAUGAAUGUGUGGAGAUGGCAACUAGUGGGCAACAGAACAAUAUUGGAAUGGUGGUAAUACGAGGAAAUAGUAUCAUCAUGUUAGAAGCCUUGGAGCGAGUAUAAACAAUGGGUGUGUUCAUCAGAAGAAAUCAACUGCUUCCACAUGUCCCCUCCAUAGUAC